AUGUGUAUGCAAAAAGUGAAGAAUGAAAAAUUCGGCAGAGACGAUGGAAUUAACGGAGAAAUGCUGAGUUUUACUUCUCCUUCUGGUAUUCGUGAGAAGACGAAGAUCAUCCGUUCAAUUCGGUUUGUUGUAUACAACGCUUUAGAGCUGAUCAUCCUGGAUCCGCUAAUCAAACUUCGCGAAGAAACCACCCGCGACGAACAAUCCGGACUGCGCUCUGGUCUAAUCAGAAAGUUACUUAGACGACGGGUAGGCUACUUUUGCCCGAUGGUGUGCUACAACGAAAAGCUUUAUGCAGAAGUGGAUAUGGUGAACUGGCGGAUGACACGUGGAAAACAUCAACAUCAUGACCGGAGGCUCCAGGACUCAAACCAGAAGAGGCCUCCUGCCCGUAAGAGAAAGUUCUGGACGAAUUUGGCAAAGGAAGAUCUGAGGACAUUUGGCGUUGACAGGCAGGUUUCGCAUGAACUGCCUGUCGACCCUGGGUGA